AUGCGACCUAAAGCAGUUCAGUCAGAAAUGGGCUUCCAAUAUGACCUCAUGGGGGUGAAGACGUUUGCAGGCCUGCGCGGGUGCGUGCGCUACCAGGCAAGGCACAAUGGGGAGCUGGACCUUGCCCGCUGUCCUGCACUGCUGGGAGGCAGCUUCUCUGGCCCGGAGCCCAUGGGGCUGCUCUGGGCUUUGCAGCCUCACCCUCACAUUCUGGCUCUCUUUGUCUUGUCUCCUCCAGGAGAAGACCCCUUCCCAGGCAUCAUCGACAUACACGGACUCGGGGGAGGUCUUUUUGAGCACAGGGCCAGCCUGCUGGCCAACCAUGGCUUUGCCACACUGGCCCUGGCUUAUUAUCAGUAUGAGGAUCUGCCCCAGGAGCCAACUGAACUCCACCUGGAAUAUUUUGAAGAGGCAGUGAACUAUAUGCUCCAGCACCCACAGGUGAAGGGACCAGGGGUUGGACUGCUCGGUUACUCCAAAGGAGCUGAUCUCUCUCUUGCCAUGGCCGCCUUCCUGAAGAACAUCACAGCCGUUGCUUCCCUCAAUGGCCCUGUGGCCAUUACUUCUACUCCUCUCCGUUACAAGGAUAAAGUUAUCCCCUCUUUGCCUAUUGAUGAAGAAUGGGUCAAGAUCAUUGACUCCAAUAUUCUUGAUUUUUCUGACAUCCCUUUGGACCCCUUUCAAGCCCUACUGUUCAUCACGGGACAAGACGACCGGGUUGUCAAAAGUGAGUAUUUUGCUACUGAAGUCUGCAAGCUUUUGUAGGCUCAAGGGAAGGAGAACUUUCAGAUGCUCACCUACCCGGGAACAGGUCACUGCAACGACCCUCCCUAUUUUCCUUUGUACCCCAUAGGAAACCAUCCCAUUUUUCACAAGCGGGCAGUCCUGGGUGGGUAG